AUGAGAGUGGUUGUUCACCGUGUCAGCGAGCGGUUUCAUACGUGCCGCUUUGUCCAAGAAGCGCGGUGUAUAGCCCGACAGAGAGCACCUGAAUCUGUCACCGUGACACCUGGGCUUACCAGCCUUCAGACUGUCACUGGCUGGGCAAAGGAGCAAAUACUGGUACUCUGGGGUUCUCUGGCAGACAUCUACAGGGAAUGGGGAAAUGAAGGAACUUUAAUGCUCUCAGAUGACACACCACAUGACGACUUAAAUGACAUUGAACACUUCUUGGCAACAAAUGAGCGUGCCAGUGAAAGCAUCUCUCAACUGAAACAUGCCUUGGCAAAAGGUGAUGGCACUGGAUUUGACCAGUCCUCUGUGGAUGAGGAGAGUGGCAAUGCAGACAGGGCGAGUGAUGACUGUGGGACUGAAGCCAGUCAGGAACUGCAGCACAGUCAUGCAGUUAACCAACUUAAAAUUUUGUUGCAACACCAAGAAAGAAUGGAAAGUGAAGAGUCUCCCUCAAGAAGGAAAAGUUCAUUCCAUAAGCCCCCAGAAGCUGUGCCUGCAGACUUACCAGCCCUUUUUGAUCUUGUUCCUAUAAUCACUGAUCAGUCACAGUACAUUAAACAUUUGGAAGCAGAAGUGAAGUUUUACAAGGAGGAGUUGUGUGGGGUAAAAGAUCAAGAACAGGCAGUUUUACUUGAAAAUGAGGAACUCCAUCAGAAGCUGAAAUUCUUAACUGCAGAAUACAUGUUGAGAGAACAAACUCUUCUUGAUGCCUCAGCAAAUACUCAGAAAUCCUGGCCUGUAGGUGGUAAAGACUGCAGCACACACCAGCCUGUCACCUCCUCACUGGCACAUAACAAAGAUCAGGCUUUUGUGGCAGCAGCUUCUGGAGACAAAGCCAGAUGGCCUGUAGAGCUGGAGAAUCUAAAACUUCUUUAUCAAGAAAAAGUCAAUAUCCUCGAUGCUCAAAUACAGUCUCUAAGAAAAGACCUUUCAGAAUCUCAGAAGACAUGCAAAGAUUUGGAAGGAAGGCUGAAACACCAGAAGUCACUGUUUGCAGCCAGAAAUUCUGGCCAGGUUGGUGGUCUGUGCCUGAACUGUGCCCAGCACGAGGCCAUUCUUGCACAGACUCACUGUAAUGUCCACGUGCAGACCAUCGAGAGGCUGACCAGAGAAAGAGAUGACUUGAUGGAUGCACUUGUUUCAGUGAGACAAAGCAUAAAAGAGAUGCAGCAAAGAGAAUCUAAUGCUUGUAAGCAAGUUGAACAUGCUGUGCAAAUGGCAGAAGAGGCCAAUUUUGAAAAAACAAAGGCUCUAGUCCACUGUGAACAACUGAGAAGUGAGAUGGAACGACAGAAGAAUUAUCUUGAGAAGGAGUUGGCUGCCCAGCUAAAUAAGAGGGCUGAUGAAAAAGAAGCACUGCGACGGGAAAUGAAGAAGGAAAGGGAGGACUUGGCAGCAAUGGUGACAGCUUUGUCUAAGGAUGUGGCUGUUCUGGAGGCCCAAAUAGAGAGAAUUACAAGGGAAAAGAAUUCUCUUGCUAGCCAGUUAGAAGAAUCACAGUGCCAGCUUGCAUCUCAUGAGCUGGAGAUGAAUAAGGUGUGUGGAGAAAUGCGCUAUCAGUUGAAUCAAACCAAAAUGAAGAAGGAUGAGGCAGAAAAGGAGCUCAGAGAGUACAGAACAAAAACUAUAAGGGAGCUUGAAAUUAAGGACCAGAAAAUAGAAAAACUGGGAUUAGAGCUCAAUGGGAACAAACAGCGUUUGGAACAAGCCCAGCAGGAUGUGACAGAAGCCAGAGAGGAGUGCCUAAAACUGACAGAACUGCUGAGUAAAUCUGAGCACCAACUGCACCUCACCAGACUGGAGAAAGAGAACAUUCAGCACAGCAUUAGCAAUGAAGCAAAGGCCCGAGCCCUUCAGGCCCAGCAAAGAGAGCAGGAGCUGACACAGAAGAUGCAGCAAAUGGAGGCCCAGCAUGAGAAAACUGUAGAAGAACUGGAUUCAUUGCUGACCUCCCAGAAUACAUUCAUAGCAAAAUUAAAGGAAGAAUGUUUUGUAUUGGCAAAGAAGUUGGAACAAAUGUCAGAAAAAUACAGAUCUGAAGUCAACCAGCUUAGUCAGGAAAAAGCGUAUCUUCAUGGCAGAUUGGAGAAGAUGCAGAAACGGAAUGAUGAAUUGGACCAACAAUGUAUCCAGCAUGGGAGAAUGCAUGAGAGAAUGAAGUCAAGGUUACAGCAGCUUGACAAGCACUGCCAGGCCACUGCCCAGCAGUUAGUGGAGUUGCUCAACAAACAGAAUCAGCUCUUCAAAGAGAAGCACCUGCUUACAGAAGAGGUGCAGUUUCUGAGAACACAGGGAAAAAAAUGGGAUGCAGAUCUCAAACAGGACACAGAUGGAAUGAAGUAAAAUCCUGGAUGAAUAAAGAGAAAUGAGCAGAAGUCUGCUCUGCACCUGGCUGAAACUUGUCUGAGGCUCACCCAAAGACACCGCUACAGAAAACAGGCACACUUGCUAGCUAAUUUCAGCUGGUUUCUAUUUGGUUUUAACUACAGAAUCACAAAUAUUUUGAAGCCUUACCAGCCUACCAAACUUUCUAGGACGACAGCUGAGACUUUUCUGAAAAGACUAGGCUUGCAAGCCAGUUUUAACAGCUAUUACGUGGUGUGGAUGUCAAUAAUUUGUACAAUGUUUAUAAAAUGUUUUAUCUAUUUUCAUAAUUGAACAUACAUGUCUAUAUUAUUUACAGACUGAAAUAUCAAUAAACGUAAUAGGUUCUCUA